UUGGGCCAAUGAGAAGUCGGCUUCGUUUCUCUCGGGGUUUGGGGCAGCGAUAGUCAUGGCGCCACCCGUGAGGUACUGCAUCCCCGGCGAACGGCUCUGUAACUUGGAGGAGGCCAGCCCAGGCAGCGGCACCUACACCCGGCACGGCUACAUCUUUUCGUCGCUUGCUGGCUGCAUGACGAAAAGCAGCGAGAAUGGCGCGCUUCCUGUCGUGUCUGUAAUGAGAGAAACAGAGUCCCAGUUACUGCCAGAUGUCGGGACUAUUGUAACCUGUAAGGUCUCUAGCAUCAAUUCACGCUUUGCCAAAGUACACAUCCUGUACGUGGGGUCCACACCACUUAAGAACUCUUUUCGAGGAACUAUCCGCAAGGAAGAUGUCCGAGCUACUGAAAAAGACAAGGUUGAAAUUUAUAAGAGUUUCCACCCAGGUGACAUUGUUUUGGCCAAAGUGAUCUCCCUGGGUGAUGCACAAUCCAACUACCUCCUGACCACUGCUGAAAACGAGCUCGGUGUGGUGGUGGCCCACAGCGAAUCAGGUGUCCAGAUGGUUCCCAUCAGCUGGUGUGAGAUGCAGUGCCCUAAGACCCACACUAAAGAAUUCCGGAAAGUGGCCCGAGUACAGCCUGAAUUCUUGCAGACCUAAGGAGCCACAUUUUACCCCAAGGAGGGGCCUAAGCUGUUUCCAAGAGUACAUGUAUGACAGUAACAAUAAGCUGCCAUUGUCUUUACUCAAACACCUGGGGUCAGCCAGCAGCCACCUCGAGAAAAGUCUGCCAGAAACUUACUCUGUAGAUGAAACAUUUUGCUUGUGAACCUUCCAGUGGAUUUCGUUCUCUUGAGUGAUAAUUUCUCUUUUCUCUAUAAAGUAUAUAAUGUUGGAAAUGGCCAAUUCCUUCUGGCAGUCUUAAACAUACGUAUUUUUUUUGCUGUGACAAAGAAAAUAUUUUUAUUAAAAGGAUUUUAUGGUU